AUGGCAACUGCGCCGACACAGAAAGGAGAACCAGCAUUAUCUGUAGAUCCAGAAACGGCAGUUUUUCUUGCGAAUGGCGGGAAAUCAGAACAUAUGCUUGUUAACAUAAGUGAAAAGCGACUUGCUGUAAAAGUACGUUGUAGCGAUAAUAACUUGUUCCGAGUAAGCCCAGUUUACAUGUUCAUUGAGCCAGGUUCAUGUGGUAAUAUUGUGAUAACAAGACUGCCUGGUCCAGCAAAAUCUGAUAAAUUAGUAUUCCAUUAUUUCGUUUGUGAGCCAAAUGAUUUGGAACCAAAAGAAAUAUUUAAAAUAAAUUCACAAAGGUCACCAGAAAUGCUGAAGAUGCCAAUAAAUAUCAUUUCUGCCGAAGAUGUUCCUAAAAUUGGACAAUCACCAGCAACUUCGAAUCAACAUUGA